CCAGUGUCUCGCUGUUGUCGUCGUUGGCGCGGUCUUGUUGCUGUCUGUUUCAUCGUCACUCGCUGCGGUUGCUAUUGUGUGCGUCGCGACACUCGUUUUGGAGCAAACACCCCUCGCCUCACAGUACCUUCCGCCGUCGCUUGCUGAGACCCCCUCGGUGCAGGCAGGCACGCAGGAACAUCCGGGCGCAGGAACAGGAAUAGCCACCCAUUCUGCCCGGCCGCGCGGUCCUGGACACUCGAUCCGCCCACCACCCCACACACUCCUCCGCCACUUCGUACCCUCCGCUCUCACGCACGGGACACCGUACAGCCUGGUGUCGGAACAACGUAUUAUUGUAAUCGCCCGAGAGACGACAAGCCAGGAAAACACUCUUAGCGGGGUCCAUAUCCGAGAAACAGCCAGGGCUCUGGAAUGCGUGGUCUCGGCCAGCGCUAGACCAGAAUAAUGUCUUCGAACAACAGGCCAGACCCGACGCGUCGGCGAGACUCGUCCGGUCGCCCUGCGAACAACACUCGCCGCUCCUCCGGCUCACGGCAACGUAGAACAUCUGCAGGCCCCGAAGAGCGUGAACAUCCAGCCUUCCGCACCUCGAAUUCGCAUCGGCAGCGUCGCGAGAGCAGCGGUCACCGUGAGAGGGCUGUGGAGGACCUGAACAGCCACCAUCGGCGGCGGAGGCAAAGUUCCUCACACCGGCAGCCACCAGCCCAGUCGCGAGGCAUUAGCAACGAGAAAAUACGAAAGGGCGAUGGCUAUGGUCCUGAAGUGCGAGUGAAUAACAUUCCACCUUCGCCAUACUCUCCGAAUCCUCAGGAUCGUGAUCCCAUGAUGGAGGCCGGUGGCCAGAGCAGGCGCGAUGAGCUCAAUCGCAAAAAGAGUCUGGUUAGACCAGAAAGGCGACGCAUGGACCCCAACGAUCCGGAUUAUUACUAUCGCAAGCGGGUGCAACAGUCGGAUAUGAACGUCAUGCCCUCAACGACGGGUCGGGAUCCACAGCUCGAAGCAGAUAUGCAAACGCUGAGCUCGGAUCCUUCGCUCAAGACGGGAGAAGAGAAUGUGCCUCUGAAUGAAAAGGAGGGCCUUCAGCGUGGCAAGUCUGGGAGAAGUGCAAGCAAGCGUACUCCUGCAAAACUGCACCGAAAUUUGUCCAAGAAAGAGCGAGAGCGCGAGGAGAAAGAGGAGCGCAAGCAGAAGAUCAAGAGUGAGAGCGGAACUCCUACGUUGUGGGGUACAUAUUGCCACAUGGUGACUUUCUGGGCUCCAAAUGUGUUCCUCCGAUGUUUCGGCAAACGGGCGAAAGAUGCGCAACGCGCGUGGCGCGAGAAGAUCGGGUUGAUCUCCAUCAUUCUGCUCAUCAUGCUGUUCGUGGGUUACUUGACAUUCGGUUUCACGGCUACGGUGUGUCCAGAAGGUGGUCCUCUGCGAUUACGCAUCAACAAAGUGGGCCCGGGCUACAUGAUCUUCCACGGGCAAGCGUAUGACUUGACCAGAAGUCAACAUCCUCUGGCACGAGGCGUCCCUCCCAACUCCAAUGUCCUCUUCGAUCCGGACCCGCCUGGAGCAGGCAUGGACGGCAGUUUUCUGUUCCAGAACGUGAAUGGAGCCUGCAAAGGUCUCAUCACAGCUGCACCAGGCUCAGAUGUCCCCACUGAUGCUUCAGGUAACCUUGCUUGGUACUUCCCUUGCAACAUGUUCAAACAGGAUGGUUCGUCAGCACCCAAUGCGACUAUUCCGUACUACCUGGGCUACUCUUGUCACACUGGUCGCACUGGUCGAGACGCGUUUUACAGCCUUCGGUCGUCCGGAGAUGUGUAUUUUAAUUGGGACGACGUACGAAAUUCCUCUCGCAAUCUUAUGGUAUACUCGGGGGAUGUUCUCGACCUCAAUCUGCUCGAAUGGUUCAACACGACCCAAGUCAGCUACCCGGCCAAAUUUGAUGAGAUUCGCCAGAACGAAGCUCUCCGCGGCAAGGAUGUCACUCUGGCAUUCGCAUCUGGAGAAAACAAGCAGGCAGCUCAGUGCUUUCAGGAAAUCAUCAAGGUGGGCUCGAUUGACACCGAGACUGUCGGCUGUAUCGCAUCAAAGGUCGUGCUCUACGUGUCUUUGAUCUUCAUCCUGGGUAUUGUCCUGGCCAAGUUUUUCAUGGCUUUGUUGUUUGAAUGGUUCCUGAGCAAGAAGUAUGCUGCUGCCAAAACCAGCAUGAGCAAGGACAAGAAGGAACGGCAGGAUCAGAUCGAAGAAUGGUCGGAUGAUAUCUAUCGUGCGCCUCCGAAGAUCACGGAUCCGGCUUCGACGACAGGAACCGACCGAUCGAGCAAGCGCAGCAGCUUUUUGCCAACAACGUCACGUUUCACCAGCCCGUAUGCUAUCGACCGAGGCAACAGGAAGAGUAGCUUGCAGCCAACAACCAUGGUGACCUCAUCCUCGAACAACAGGCUCACCAUUGGCAACGCUGCGGCUGUCUAUGGUCAGCUUAACCGAUCGGAAGGUACCCUUCCACUAUAUGGCGCAGAUGGACGACACUCAGAGAGCCGCGCCAGCUUGAUGGAAUCCAGCAACUAUGGGUCUUCUGCUCAAAGGUACAGCAGCGUGAUGCACGGCGAGGUAGACACUCGCGGCCCACAAGGCUUCAUCCACGAAUCUGUCGUGCCGCAACCUCCUCCAGAUUGGCAGCCAUACGGCUUUCCCCUCGCGCACACCAUCUGUUUGGUUACUGCAUACUCUGAAGGACCUGAAGGUAUUCGCACAACAUUGGACAGUCUUGCCAUGACCGACUACCCGAACAGCCACAAAUUGAUCUACGUCGUGUGCGAUGGCCUCAUCCAAGGUAAAGGCGAAUCCAUGUCGACCCCCGAUGCUUGUGUGAGCAUGAUGAAGGACUUUUCAGUGCAACCCGACCAAGUUCAGGCCUACUCGUACGUCGCUGUCGCCUCUGGAAGUAAGCGUCACAACAUGGCUAAGGUGUACUGUGGCUUCUACGACUAUGGCGCCGACACCAAAAUUCCGGUCGAGCGUCAACAGCGCGUGCCCAUGAUCGUUGUUGUCAAGUGCGGCACUGAAGAGGAAGCUAAAUCAUCGAAGCCCGGCAAUCGAGGCAAGCGCGACUCCCAAAUCGUGCUUAUGUCGUUCUUGCAAAAGAUCAUGUUCGAUGAACGUAUGACCGAGCUGGAGUACGAAAUGUUCAAUGGUAUCUGGAAACUCACUGGUAUCUCACCCGAUUUUUACGAGAUCGUGAUGAUGGUCGAUGCCGAUACCAAAGUCUUCCCGGAUUCGCUCACUCACAUGGUUUCUGCUAUGGUCAAGGAUCCCGAAAUCAUGGGACUUUGCGGCGAAACUAAGAUUGCCAACAAGCGAGCAACCUGGGUUUCCAUGAUUCAAGUCUUCGAAUACUUCAUCUCUCACCAUCUUUCCAAGGCUUUCGAGUCUGUCUUUGGUGGUGUGACAUGUUUACCAGGCUGUUUCUGCAUGUACCGCAUCAAAGCACCAAAGGGCGGAAAGAACUACUGGGUCCCUAUUCUGGCUAAUCCCGACAUCGUCGAGCAUUAUUCGGAGAAUGUCGUGGACACCUUGCACAAGAAGAACUUGCUGCUCCUCGGAGAAGAUCGAUAUCUGUCCACGCUCAUGUUGAAGACUUUCCCCAAGAGAAAGCAGAUGUUCAUUCCCCAAGCCGUUUGCAAGACCACUGUACCAGAGACUUUCAAGGUUCUCCUCUCGCAACGUCGCAGAUGGAUCAACUCGACUAUCCACAAUCUCAUGGAGUUGGUCUUGGUCCGGGAUUUGUGCGGCACCUUCUGCUUUUCAAUGCAGUUCGUCGUCUUCAUUGAGUUGAUGGGUACCUUGGUCUUGCCAGCUGCUAUUAGUUUCACCAUCUACGUCGUUGCUCUCGCUGUCAAAGCUGCCAUCACCGGAACCGAGGCGCCAGUCAUCCCCCUGGUGCUCCUCGCGCUCAUUCUUGGUCUUCCUGGUAUCCUCAUCGUCAUCACAGCUCACCGAGUCUCGUACGUGCUCUGGAUGGGAGUCUACCUGUUAUCUCUUCCAAUUUGGAACUUGGUCCUUCCCACCUAUGCCUUCUGGCACUUUGACGACUUCAGUUGGGGUGACACACGUCAAGCGGUAGGAGAAAAGAAGGGCGCCGGCAAAGGAGGCCAUACCGAGGAAGGAGAAUUCGACUCGAGCAAGAUCGUCAUGAAGCACUGGAAUGUCUUCGAACAAGAACGACGCCUCAGAGGCCCACAGUGGAUGGACAGCACCCAGACACUGUACGGAAAUGGCACCCAAGGCAGCCCGAGCAUGGGCAGCCAUCACCAAGCUUAUCCCGGACACGAACGCAAAGUCAGUUCGCUCAUGAUCUGAUGACUGCUGUUUUACGAGACUACGAAAACGCAGAAGGACCAAAAAGAGAUUAGUCAGGCAGCAAAACGGAAAGCGGCAUACAGGACGGCGCACAGAACCGAUAAAUUUAUCAAAUUUCUCCACUUCGCGGAAAGACGAAGUAGAUAGAGGAACGAGGGGAUGGAAAACAAACGAAACGAUUUAUUGUUGAUGUUCUUUCGACACUGUCUUUAUGGAGACGGACAUGUAUAUAUGGGAUUCAGGCCUGUUUUUCGACUUGACAGAUUGGGCUACGGAUCGCUUGGUGGCGGUGAAAGGCUAGCCUUAGAUGGAAUCGGAAGCAUCCUGGGAUAGGUUCGACACAAUGGGCGCGAGUGAAACCCGGACUCGCAACGGAAAGAUUAGUUUAUUACUCUGCAUUCAAUGCUAAUAUGUGAUAUUGUUACGCGAU